AUGUCGAACAUUAUUCACAAGGUCAAGGAUGCCGUUACUGGACAUCACGACAAAAAUGAGAAGCACAACAGUCAUGACUCCAAGACAUCUCACAACGUGAAUGAUAACUACGGAUCCUCUCAUAACACCCAUGGCUCCAAUCAAUACAACCCUUCUGGUACAGACUCCAAUACCUACGGCUCUGGAACCGGUGCUGGCUAUAGUUCUGGUACCCACCACGGUUCCAACACAAACAGAAUGAAUGAACCCUCCAACACCUAUGGCUCAUCCAACACUGGCACCGGUGCUGAUACCUACGGUGCCUACGGUGCCACUACUGGCAGUGGCGCCGGCAUGGGCAGUAGCGGCAUGGGUGGUUUGAGCUCCGGCACCCAUGCCUCCAGCAUGAACCCCUCUAAUACCUACGGCUCCUCCACCGCUGGCACUGGCUCUGGAAUGGGCACAACCAGCGUUGGAACCCACCAUGAUUCCCGCAAGGGACCUAUGGACGUCAAUUCUGGUGGUAUGGGCAGCACUAGUUCAGGAACUUAUCAUGAUUCCCGCAAGGGCCCCAUGGACAUUGGUUCUACUGGCUCCGAUAACUACGGGUCAAGCAAUAUGGGCGGAUACGGCUCGACCAACUCCGGAAGCUAUGGCUCAAGCAACAUCAAUGCUGGCCCCCAUGACUCCAAGAUUGCCAACAAGAUGGACCCCCGCGUCGACAGUGACCUUGAUGGCCGUGCCCAGCAUCACGGAACUACUGGCUCCCACCACACCAGCGGUGGAGCUUACGACUCUAUGAACACUGGCUCCACUGGACACUCCAACACCUAUGGCUCGAGCAACCUUAUGACCAGCUCUGGUCGUGACAACUACGCCUCCAGCAACCCUUUGACUAGCGGUGGCCGCGAUCCCUAUGGUAGCUCCACCACUGGACACAACGAUGCCUAUGGCUCCAGCAACCCAAUGACUUCCGGUGGCCACGAUACCUACGGUAGCUCCACCGGACAUAAUGAUGCCUAUGGUUCCAGCAACCCUAUGACUACUGGUGGUCGCGAUAACUACGGCAGCUCCACCGAUGGUUACAACACCCGCUCUGGUCAGCAGUUCGGCGGUAACGCUCCCGGUGGCAGCAGCUACAAUGACUACAGCUCGGACGCUAGAAAGACUUCUGGUCCUCACAACUCUGAUUUGUUGAACAAGCUUGACCCCCGUGUCAAGGAGUCCAAGCAGGAUUCUUUGGCCAACCAGCGCAGCGGCUAUUAG